GCGACGCGUCGAACAACACAGGACAGCGUCGCGAAGUUGCCCUUACCUCGCCUUCGUGUGACUGCCGGCGAGCAUCCGAGCGAAGAUGCUCGAGAUGACUCUGCCGUCGUCGCCUCCAUUGUUACCUCAAACCAGCUUCAAUGAGCCACCAUCAUCGCCUCCACUGCCGCCGACCAGAUCCUCCUCUUCCAGACUCCCCGUGCUUGGAAAGCGGCAGCUCUACGAAUGUGACAGCAACAUCUCGAGCGAUCCGUUGUUUUCCGACGACACAUCGGGAAAUGAAGAUGCAACGAGUUACCAACGACCGAAACGAAAACGCAUGAUCAAAGGAAAAUGGUGGGAAUUGGCUGAGCGACGAAAGCCGGAUAACGAUGCGACGCCCAAACAGAAACAUUACACUAGGAACGUUGACAGUGGAGUAUGGAUGGGCAGCGAUGGCAGUGAAGAGCACGUCGAGCACGAUCUCAGUUCCCUUGGCACAUCAAGCGUAAUGGGUGUGCAAAAUCGGCCACGCGCCAUACAACUAGUGCCAGCGACGACGCAAAGACAGACUCCACGAACGCUCGCUGAGGAUAUCGUCACGAGAUGUGUGGAGGAUGGGAAAGACAGGGUGGACCUAUCGCAACUGGGUCUCACUGAGCUGGCUCCAUCGACCCUCAAACCGCUUCAUGAGCUCAUCCGGCAACCAACAUUCGACGUGUCCAUGCCUCCUUCUGACGAUGAGCUGGGGCCGUUGACACCUGAUCUUCAACUGUUUCUCGCCGCUAAUGACCUUACGUCCCUGCCCGAUGAGCUAUUCAAUCUGCAGAACCUUACUGUGCUCAGCGUCCGCAACAAUGCGUUGACUGAGCUGCCUUCAGCCAUUAGCCGACUGAAAAGGUUACAGGAACUAAACAUCGGAAACAAUGCUCUUCACUGGCUGCCCUGGGAGCUGCUCGAUGUUUUACAGUCGCGGCAUGUUCGAGCCAUCCUGCAUCCGAACCCUUUUAUGGAGCUUUCGCCUGAUGAUCUGGACGAGGAAGCUACUUUCCAGUCGAUGCAGCGAUCUUCGGUUCAUGCGCAGCUGCAGCAGAGCGCAAACCUCCCACCUGCUGCUCCCACUAUCCGAGAACCAUCAACCAGUGAGGGAGGCGUCUCUGAUCUGCAAACACAACUCAGUCUGCGAUUACAGCUGGGCCAUGCUCUUCGUAAGCAAAGUGCCGAGCCAAACGAGCCGAAUGGUCUGAAAAGCAAUGCAUAUGAGGAACUGAUCUUCCUGGCGUCCUCUACCAUUCACUAUACCGACAUCGAUGGACACCUCCCAGUGGCUCAAUCUCCCCCACUGGAUUUGACUACACGAGUGCCUUCAUUGCUAGAGGUAUCUUUGCGGAGCGUGCGUCAGAACUACAGCCUUGCACAAAUUCCGGAAACUCUGCCGGACCGGGUCCGAUCAAUACUCAAAGUCGCAUCGGAAGCACCAGAGGACCAAAUCUGCAGCACUUGUGCGAAUGGCUACAUCCUACCCCGAGCUGAAUGGGUAGAGUAUUGGUAUCGAGGUCUGGAUGCGAAGGUGGAACUCACACCAGACUCUGUACUGCCAUUCCGCCGGCGAGCAUGCAGUUGGAAGUGUGCGACUCCUACAGAAAUAGGAUCUUUCAGAGCAUGAGUAAGUGUCCAAUGCUAGCACGGACUUCUCAGGGUGUCAAUAGUGUGCGUUCCCAAAUCGUCGCCAUCUCCAGUCCCGUCGCAACGCGUCUGAACUAUAACCAUCCCAGCGAACUCUGACAUGAUAAACAAAGCUCCUUGCCACAGGACACAACGAUGCGGUGAUCAUGCGAGCCAGGCUACGGC